UCACCCUCGCCUCCACCGCCCCCACCGCACACGAACAGCCGGAACAACACCUCCAACAAGAAUCAAGGAACGUCAACGACCCCAGAUACGUCAUGGGCUGCGAUGCGGGAUACUGUGGCUGCUACAAGAAUUGCUGGUCGACAAAGUGUAUUGUGGACUGCAGAUGGGGAUUUUGUGCGAAGACGUGGCCGAGGGGGACGAAAUAUCCGCCAGUGUGCACGGGUUUGGGGCGAUGAUGACGGGGAGAUGGGGGUUUGCGAUACGGAUGCAUCGAGAAGGAGGGCUGGAGGUGGUGUGUUGAGGUGGUUUUGA